AUGAACCAUCGCAAUAACUCAGCGCACCCUGGACAUGAGCGCAAUCAUGGUGGUGUAACUAUUCCUGGAUUGAAUGUAGACAUUGAAAUGCUUGUACAAAGCACACAAGGUUCAGCUAUGCACUUUGGUCGUAAAACGUCAGGCGAAAAAUUUCACGGAUGGCUCUGGAAAAAAACUGGUCGGUUUUCCAAGUGGCGUAACCAGCAUUUUGUGCUUGACGGUGCAUUGCUUACGUAUUACGAUACGUUUCCUACUGAUCAAUUUGUCUCUGAAUCAUCAUUAAUGCCAAUUCAAGGCGAUAAUCUCUUUACAACAAAGAGCGAAUCGACACCUGCUGGUGCUGUACGUGUUGCUCACGUUGAAAUCUCUCAGAAAUCAAAGAUUGCAUUUAAAGUAUACGCUGUAAGCGGCAAGAUUAUCGAUGUUCGUGCAAAGAACGAGACGUUGUGCAGGCAAUGGAUUGAUCGAUUAAAUGAAGCCGCAGCUCUUGCGAAGCGUCAGGAGUCUUUGAAUACUAGUACCACAAGUACUGCUUCGUCGACAGUUUCCGUAGGGUAUUCAGAUUCCGAGUUGGAUUUACAGUGCAAUAUUGUCGAUAAAAGUGGCUGGCUUGAAGUGGGUGAUCGUAAAUCGAAGCGAGCACGUUUCUGCGUGAUGCAGGGUAAUAUGUUUACAAUCUAUGAUACAGAAGAUGCUUGGGCUGUACCACUUAGUCGAGCGUAUGUGACGAGAGCAGAGAAACUCAGUGAAGCAACUUGUGAGUUUUCUGUCUCUACGUCUGCAGGCAAAAGCAGUAAAUUGCUCAUGUGUAAGGCAAGAUCACAAGAUGAGAUGCACAUGUGGAUAGAAGCGCUAGGCGUUGCAUUUGAGUAA